CUCUACGGUUUCAUCAUAUUACACGAACAGUGCACGCGGUGCGCCGCUUGGCCAGACAAGCAUGCGCAUACGAACUGUGCGGACAAGUCAGUGAACAAGCUUCAGAUGUGGUUCAUGUGAUGUCACUGUGCGUGCCUCGAGAACAGGCGGUUUUUGUGGCCUGUUUGAAGCGUGUCGCCCAUUCCAUCAACCAUUUGUUGUUAAUUCAUACGACGUUCGCGAGCUUUCCUUGUUGAGUCAUGGAUCCUCCUAUUCCGAAACUAUCACUGCAUACCAUAUCCGCUCUAGACGUCCCAGAUACCGGUCAGCAGGGUCAGCUGGCGAGACGGGAUGCAUUUGGCCCGGUGCCACGUGGACGGAUUCCAUACUACCUUGUGUUAGAAUCUGUCUUGGAGCAACUCUGCAGUUUUUAUGAAUGUGAUGACUCUCGUCGCCAAGAAUUAUUUGAAGGAGUGAGAAAUCAGCUUCGUCGACUUAAGUUCUUAGAUCCCACUCCAGAGCUCCAGGAAUUGCGCCCCUUUAGGGUGAGAUUUCGACAUGCUUUUGGUUGUUUGAUCGAGAAUGUCAGGAAAGACAUUCGCGGACACCAUAGUGAGAGUUUGGGUAGUAUUCCUGGACCAACACUUGACCUUGCACUUCGCCUCAAUGAUGUUGUGUACCACCAAAAACGUUAUGAAUACGACUUUGAAGAAAUUGAAGAAAUCGCUGAAGGAGGAUUUGGAAUCGUUUGUAAGGCCAGGAGAAGAACAGACCGCCAAAUUUAUGCGGUGAAGAAGAUCCCCUUCAAGUACUGCAAUCCAAAGGUCCUAAAGCAGGUAUUAAGGGAAGUGGAGCUUCUGGCUCAACUUUGUCAUCCUAAUAUUGUGGCCUACAAGUCAGCGUGGAUUGAAAAUGUGACAGACUUUAUGACAAAGUCUCAUUCAGCCGCUGUUGACAGCUUUCAAAGUACUGUUCUGAUAUCUUCUGGUAAUGGUGAUACAAGCUCACUGCCAUAUAUUGUUGAGUCAUCCACAUCUCUGGACACAGAGCCGGAAGAAUGCCAGAAGGAGUGUUUGAAUAGCGCAAGCCGGGAUGAAUACUGGGAUCCAUAUGCAACUGAGCGGUGUGCAUCACUGGAAGAGCCAAGCAAAGAGACUGUGGACCUUGUUUGUGCUAGUGCCUCUGCCAGAAAAUAUAAGCGCUCGCGCCGGAGCUCAAAGAGUGAUAGUGAACUCAGAAAAGGUGUGGAUGCACAUAGCAUAAUUGAAAGGAAGACAUCAAGUGACACUUCCAGUGCCUCAGCAGUGGUGACUCCUCAAGAGCAUAUCUUUAGUCUUCUCCGUUCUUCGGAUGUUGGAGGUAUGCUGUACAUUCAAAUGGAGCUAUGUUCCAAAAACCUAGCUGAUUGGUUGGCCGCACGUAAUCAGCGGCUAGCUGCACCAGAGUCUGCUGAGAGUAGCAUCAGCAUCAUUCCAGAAGCAAUGAACAUCUUCAAGCAGAUCUUAAAUGGGGUGGAGUAUAUGCAUUCCAAAGGAUUCAUCCAUAGAGAUAUCAAGCCUCAGAACAUCCUGUUUGAUUUGGAAGGUUCAUUGGUGAAGAUUGGAGACUUUGGUCUUGCCACUCGCACUAAUCAACAGGAGUCAUCUACUCAUCAAUUUCCAUGGGCAUCUCAGUCGGGUCACACGCAAGUUGAAGGCACCAGCCUGUAUGCUGCACCGGAGCAGCGUAGACAGGCCUCUUAUGACAGCAAGGUGGACAUAUACAGCUUGGGCUUGGUGCUGACCGAACUACUGUGCCCAUUCUCCACUGCCCACGAACGCUUCACAGAGCUCACAAAACUCCGUGAAGGCAAUCUGCCGUCAGCACUAGAGGCACACUCAGAGGAGAUGGUGAAGACCAUUUUGGCCAUGUGCAAGAGCGAUCCUAAGGAAAGACCAAGUGCAAACGAACUCUUGAUUUCACCUAUAUUUAUUGACAAAGACAAGAUGAUCAAGGAAUUAAGAGCAGAGCUGAAAGAAAAGGAUGAAAGGCUGUCUAGCAUGGCAUAUGAAUUGGCCCUCUUGAAAAGCACUUUAGAGAAGGUGAAAGUGGAGCUGAAGUGGUAUCAAGAUAACAGCGGCGUUCUGAUGUUUUCACAUAGUCCGAGCUAGGACUAUGCCUGUGAUAUUAGUCGUUUGAUGUGUUCAUUUACGUUUUGUGCCAAAGUUUUCCAAUUAAAAAUUUU